AUGUUUUUGGUACUUAGAAAUAAUGUUGUUCUGUUGAUGACAAUGAUGAUGAUGGUGAUGACAAUGUCGGAUGGAGCAGUUUACAAAAUUGGAGACUCUGCUGGGUGGACCUCCAUUGGCCUUGUAGACUACGAGCAUUGGGCUGCUUCUAAGAACUUCCAUGUUGGUGACACCAUCAUUUUUCAGUACAAUCCUCAGUUCCACAAUGUGAUGAGAGUGACAAAUGAGAUGUACAAAUCAUGCGAUGCUUCAGCAGAGACUCCUCUAGAAACCUUCAGCACAGGAAAUGACUCAAUAAAACUCAAUAAUUAUGGGCAUGACUUGUUCAUGUGUGGCUUUCCAGGGCACUGCCAAAAAGGGCAAAAGAUUGAUAUCAAUGUGAUAAGGGUUUCCGCAAUAAAACCUCCAACUCCAUCAAGAGGGGAUGACCAGUGUCCUUGUCCCAACAAAGCUGCCCCUCUCGUGGCAUCUUUUGCGCUCAUAGGACUGGCCAUGUCAUUCUUUGCUCUUGCUGCUUUCUAG